AUGCCACAGGAAGUCCCUCGAGACCACAGGAAGCCUCUCGAGUCCACAGGAAGCCCCUCGAGACCACAGGAAGCCCCUCGAGGCCACAGGAAGCCCCUCGAGACCACAAGAAGCCCCUCGAGACCACAAGAAGCCCCUCGAGGCCACAGGAAGCUCCUCGUGACCACAAGAAGCCCCUCGAGACCACAGGAAGCCCCUCGAGACCACAAGAAGCCCCUCGAGGCCACAGGAAGCCCCUCGAGACCACAGGAAGCCCCUCGAGACCACAAGAAGCUCCUCGAGACCACAAGAAGCCCCUCGAGGCCACAGGAAGCUGUUCGAGACCACAAGAAGCCCCUCAAGACCACAGGAAGCCCCUCGAGGCCACAGGAAGCCCCUCGAGACCACAAGAAGCCCAUCGAGACCACAGGAAGCCCCUCGAGGCCACAGGAAGUCCCUCGAGUCCACAGGAAGUCCCUCGAGACCACAGGAAGCCCCUCGAGGCCACAGGAAGCCCCUCGAGACCACAAGAAGCCCCUCGAGACCACAAGAAGCCCCUCGAGGCCACAGAAAGCCUCUCGAGGCCAUAGGAAGCUCCUCGAGGCCAUAGGAAGCUCCACGAGGCCACAGGAAGCUCUUCGAGGCCACAGGAAGAUCCUCAAGGCCACAGGAAGCUCUUCGAGGCCAUAG